UCAUCCAGCAACCCAAGGAGUUCAUAGUUGUGGCCUCAAUUAGUUUAAAGUAUCCAAUUUGUCUUCCAAGAGUUGCUAUAAAAUUCUCUUUUUCUCCAUAUUUUAGUGGUCCUCUACUAUGAUAAAAAACUGGACCUACAUGAACCUUGAAGACUUCUUUCAAACAAAGCAAAAGCUGAAAAAAGCAAAGCUUUCUGACAAUUUUCACAUGCAACUCUUAUUAUUCCUCAGACAUGCUUAAAUUUUGGGCAUCUCAAGUAAGGCCAAACAGCAGCCUUUUCAAAUCCUUUAGAUUCAAACUCUCAGUUCUGUAAUAUUUGUUUGUUUGUUUGUGUGUCUUAUGUAAGAGUUUAGCUAGAAGCGUAAGUUAUGUCUUCUGUGAUGGUGACAACUUAUCAGAUGGGGAGUCUUAGUACACUGGAGCUUAUGUUGGAGGAACUUCAGCAAGAAGAGGAAAAUACAAAUGAUUUGCCACCACCUUUGCCUGUUAGGCCAGUCACAAAGGCUAGGUUGCCUAAGGGGAGAAGGAAAUUGACACCUUUUGGUAAAGAAAAGAAGAAUCUUGAAGAUAUUAGGGUUCAAGAAGAUGCAUUUGUUGAUCAAUGGAGUUCAGCAGAGAGGGAUUCUGCAGCCAUGCCAGAUAAGAUUUGUUUGAUGGUUGAUCUGAGAGAAGGAGAUGGACUCAGUGGAGUAGUGCGGAUUCAGAGAUGCUUUCGCGGUUAUCAAGCUCGCCGGUACUAUCAUGAGCUUAAAACUGGAGCAGUAGCUCUACAAUCAUUUCUGCGUGGUGAAAUUGAAAGAAAGUAUUAUCAGGCUCUCACGAGGAGGUUGGCAGCAAUUAUCGUUAUACAGAAACACGUAAAGGAGCAUCUUCAUAAAAGAACAGAACGAAAACAAACUGCAGCCAUACGUUUGCAAUCUGUUAUUCGAGGUUGGUUGACUCGAAAGCAGUUCAAUCUCUCGGGUAAAGGAAAACCAGCUUGUGGUCAGAACAUUAUAGAAAAAAAUGAGCUUGACAAGGAACAAGAAACCAAGGUUUGUUUUGUUGCUUUUGUAAUAGGUUUCUGAGUGCUGUGAAAAAUUGAUAAGAGCAUAUUUUAACCACUGGUUGCUUGAACUCCCUUCAGGUACCGCGUUCAGUUCUACUUAAUCUUCAGAGGCAUAUUCUGAGGACAGAGGCAGCUCUGGAGAGAAAGAAAGAGGAAAAUGCAGCUUUGAGGCUACAUAUUCAGCAUUAUGAGAAAAAGUGGAAUCAGUAUGAGUCAAAAAUGAAAGCUAUGGAGAAAAUGUGGCAAGAUCAGUUAACGUCAAUACAAAUAAGUCUGGCUUCAGAAAGGGAAAAAUACGACGACGAUAAAACUAAGGGAGAACUCAGACUAUUGAUACUUCAAGAUCAAGAGCAAGAUCAAGAUCGACAUGUAGAUAAUGGAUUCCCAAGAACUACAGCCCUUCGAAGGAGUGCAUUGAAUCUUCCCGUUGAGGUAGAUGAUACACAACCACAACCAAGUGGCAGACCAAAUUCCAAAAACCAUUGUAAUAAUAACCACCAUGUGAUGGAUAUGGUCAAUCAUUAUCAAAAUUUUGUCGUCCACGAUCAAUGUAAAUCAGGGGAGGAGGUUUCCACCCUCAGGCCUAAUGAUGAUCUCAAAAAACUAAAGGUUAGAUUUGAAGCAUGGAAAAAGGAUUACAAAAACAAAUUGCGGGAGGCAAAAGCAACAAUGAAGCAAUUUGGACACUCUGAAAGGGGGAAGGGCUCGAAGAUAUGGUGUGGAAGAUGAAAAGAUGAAAAAAGUUAUUGUAUUCUCAUCUAGGUUGCUCGAAUUCUACAAAAAUGUUGGGGAUGUGUGUCGGAUUCUCCAAUCGUAGUGCAUAUUUGGAAGAUCCGACAAGAGUGCGGCAACAGGAUUGGAGAGUCCGAGCAAUAUGUCUUCUAUCAUCAUCUGCUUCGCUAAUUUAUUCUUCAUACUUCUUCUUUUUCCCUACGCGUUCAAGGAGGGAACGGAAGAUAUAUUUUGCUUUUUAUAUGUGUACUAGGGGGAGAUGGAGAUACAUGUACAAAACAAACAUAUAAAAUUGUCAUUGUCAUAUAGCCAUUGAAGAAAUGCAGAUCUGCAUAUUCUCUUACAUGUCUUAAAUUUUACAAUGUGAUGUUGAUUUAAUGACCAUUACUAAAGGAAAAUUCCUUGAGCUUAAUUUUACCUUUUGCUUUAUUUCAGUGUUUA